UGGGCGCCGGGCGGGGAGCGGGGAGCCGCGCUCUGGGGGUUCGCGGCUCUAGGUGGUGCCAGUGCCGGGGCCUGGGCGUCCCCCCCUCCCCUCGGUGCUGCUCUGUGGGUCCCGCCCUGCCACUGCCUUUGAGGAGGCCCCGCGUGGCCCGGGCGAGGAGUUGAAAAACCCAGAACGGGAGCGAGACAGAGAGCGCGCCCCCAGACCCCGCCGCGCCGAGCGCCGGGGGGGCCGAGGGGCUGGGCCGGGCGGUCGCUCGGCGGCGGGAGCGCGGCGCGCCGAGCAGCGCCCGCGGCCACUUGCCUCGUCCCCCUCCUCUUCCCCGCGCCCCCCCUGUAGCGGGUGGGGAGCCCGAGAGCGAGACGGCGAAAGGGAAAGCCGCCCCGCAGCCAGCCGGCGGGCGCGCGCGGGGACCCAUGGCUUCGCUGUACCAGCGCUUCACGGGCAAGAUCAACACCUCCCGGUCCUUCCCGGCGCCCCCGGAGGCCAGCCGCCUGCUGGGCGGCCAGGGGCCCGAGGACGACGGCGCGGGGCCCAAGCCCCUCGGAGCCCAGGCGACCGCGGCGGGGCCCCGGGAGCGCGGCGGCGGCGCGGGCGGCCGGCCCCGGUUCCAGUACCAGGCGCGGAGCGACUGCGACGACGAGGACGAGCUGGUGGGGAGCAACCCUCCACAAAGGAACUGGAAAGGAAUAGCAAUCGCACUGCUUGUGAUUCUGGUCAUCUGCUCCUUGAUUGUCACCUCCGUCAUACUGCUGACACCAGCGGAAGACAAUAGCCUGUCUCAGAAGAAGAAGGUCACAGUGGAAGACCUCUUCAGCGAGGAGUUCAAAGUUCACGACCCCGAGGCUAAGUGGAUAAGUGAUAAAGAAUUCAUCUACAGAGAGCAGAAAGGAAGUGUGAUACUGCGGAAUGUUGAAACAAAUAGUUCCACAGUGUUAAUAGAAGGCAAAAAAAUUGAAUCACUAAGAGCCAUCAGAUAUGAAAUAUCUCCAGAUAAAGAAUAUGCCCUCUUCUCAUAUAAUGUGGAACCCAUAUAUCAGCACUCCUAUACUGGAUAUUAUGUCCUGAGCAAAAUUCCUCACGGGGACCCUCAAAGUCUCGACCCCCCGGAAGUCAGCAACGCAAAGCUUCAGUACGCAGGAUGGGGCCCUAAGGGUCAGCAGCUGAUAUUUAUCUUUGAAAACAACAUCUACUACUGCGCCCACAUCGGGAAGCAGGCCAUCCGCGUGGUCUCCACGGGCAAGGAAGGCGUGAUUUACAACGGCCUGAGCGACUGGCUGUACGAAGAGGAGAUUUUGAAGACCCACAUCGCCCACUGGUGGUCUCCGGAUGGUACGAGGCUCGCCUAUGCCACCAUCAACGACUCCCGCGUGCCCAUCAUGGAGCUCCCGACCUACACGGGCGCCGUGUACCCCACCGUGAAGCCCUACCACUACCCCAAGGCUGGAUGUGAGAACCCCAGUAUUUCCCUGCACGUCAUCGGCUUAAAUGGACCCACCCAUGACCUGGAGAUGAUGCCGCCGGAUGACCCCCGAAUGAGGUUUGCUUCCUUCCCUGAGUUAUGUAAAAACGUAAUAAUAAUUAGACGCCUGUUCAUGUACCUGGUCCCUUCAGGCUCAGAUGUAUUAUACUGGUAGUUUAAACA